AGGCUCCACACGGUCCUAUUCCAACUCCUCCCAAAAAAUACAGAAAUGUGUAUAAGAACAAGUACAAUUAGCUUGGAGCUAGACUAUCUCAAAACAUGGCCUCUACAAUAACAGCACUGGAUUAUGCAGUUGGGGAUAUUUAUGAUGCAUUGAAGAAAUCAGGUUUAUACCAAAAUUCAGUGAUAAUUUUUAGCACCGAUAACGGAGGUGCAGUUCAAGCAAGCUCAAAUCUUCCACUCAAAGGAAACAAGGAGGAGUUGUAUGAGGGAGGGGUGAGAGGUGUUGGAUUUGUUAACAGUCCCUUACUAGACAACAACCACGGCAAACAUGACAAGUUGAUGUUUAUCACAGAUUGGUUUGCAACUAUUCUUAGCCUAGCCGGUCAAUCUCAUCUGAUUCCUGAAGAUACAGAUUCCUACAACAUGUGGCCAUCUUUAGUCACAGGGCAAGUAGAGUCACCCAGGACACAGAUCAUUCUCAACAUUGAUCAGAAUAACAGCUUGGAACAGUGGUCUGCAGCUGUAAUAGAUGACAGCUGGAAAUUUAUCUGGGGACAGUCCUAUCUCCUUCGGCAACAGCUGUUUCCACGCUACUGCAGAAGUUGGAACACGAGCGCGGCAAUUCUUGAGAAUAUUAACGAUUGCAACGUGGAGCUCUACAAUCUACAGGAGGAUCCAGAGGAGCAAAAUAAUUUGGCUGCUGGAGGGCGGCGGAAAGAAAGGGUCAACUCUAUGAAAGAAAUUAUUAUAAAACAAUUGGAUAGAUUUGUAGCUGCCGACGAACCCGAGGAUAAUCCAGCUGGUUUUCCGGUCAACUUUGGUGGAUUUAUAUCAACGGGAUGGUGCAACAUUUAGUAAUGUUUCACAAGAGAAGGCAUAGUGCAAUAUAAUUGACAAAUUUAUAAGAAUCUACUUACCAUUUUUGAAUACUGUAAUUAUUAUUUUUUAUAAAAUCUUGAUGCUUUCAAAUUAUCUAUAUAUAAAAGCUCUUCGAAUUUUUUCUUUCAAAAUUCCCAAAAAAAUAUCACGAGCAACGCCGGGAACUUCAGCUAGUAAUAAAUAAUCUUAGAUAUUUCAAAUGUUUCUUGUUGCUUGAUUCUUGUCGUUGCAGGAUAUUUGAUGGCGGAUUAUACUAGACAUUUUAGGGUUGAAAAUAUUAGAUAUUUGAGGGUUGAUAAUAUCAGAUAUUUGAGGGUGGAUAAUAAUAGAUAUUUGAGGGUGGAUAACACUAAAUAUUUGAGGGUGGAUAAUAUUAGAUAUUUGAGGGUGGAUUAUAAUAGAUAUUUGAGGGUGGAUAACACUAGAUAUUUGAGGGUGGAUAAUAUUAGAUAUUUGAGGGUGGAUAAUAAUAGAUAUUUGAGGGUGGAUAAUACUAGAUAUUUGAGGGUGGAUAAUAUUAGAUAUUUGAGGGUGGAUAACACUAGACAUUUGAGUGUGGAUAAUAUUAGAUAUUUGAGGGUGGAUAACACUAGAUAUUUGAGGGUGGAUAAUAUUAGAUAUUUGAGGGUGGAUAACACUAGAUAUUUGAGGGUGGAUAAUAUUACAUAUUUGAGGGUGGAUAAUAAUAGAUAUUUGAGGGUGGAUAAUAUUAGAUAUUUGAGGGUGGAUAAUAUUAGAUAUUUGAGUGUGGAUAACACUAGAUAUUUGAGUGUGGAUAACACUAGAUACAGGGUGUCCCACGAAACAUGAAAGUUGGUGAAUAGUUUAAAAUGUUUUCUUCCAUAAUUAGUUUAGUUGUUUGAUUCUGAAGAGAAUGAUAUCGCAAUCAUAUUGUAGUAAAUUGUAAAAUUGAUUUAAAACUAAAAUAACUUUGAGGAAAAGAUGUUUUUCAACGCAAUAAACUGCAAAAAGUCUUUAAUAUCCAUUACGACAUAUGGAAGAAUACUAUUCACCAACUGUCAUGUUUCGUGGGACACCCUGUAUUUAAGGGUGGAUAAUACUAGAUAUUUGGGGGUGGAUAGUUCUAGAUAUUUAAGGGUGGAUAAUACUAGAUAUUUAAGGGUGGAUAAUACUAGUUAUUUAAGGGUGGAUAAUACUAGACAUUUAAGGGUGGAUAAUAAUAGAUAUUUGAGGUUGGAUAAUACUAGACAUUUGAGGGUGGAUAAUACUAAAUAUUUAAGGGUGGAUGAUAAUAAUCAUCUAGGGGGGGAAUAUAAUAAAAAAGCUGACAUUGUAUUUU